CUCUCUCUCUCUGUCUGUCUCUCUCUCCGGUCACCGGCUCCACACUCAUCACAGUGUCAGUGUCUUCACUGAGCCUCACAUCUGUGUCCGGCAGCUGCUACCAUGACUCUGCUGUCCACAGAAAAUACCGCAGUCUUCCUCAGACUGUUAAUUUGAUAGCGUGACAUUAAAGCAGCUGGGAAUGGAGGGUCGCGGGCAGGAUGGGAGUCAGCUGGCCGAGGAGGAACUCCUGAACCUGGGGAAGGAGGAUCUGAUCCGGAGGCUGCGGAGGCUGGAGAGCCGCAACAUGGAGCUGAUGCUGGAACACGGACACUUGAUGAAGGAGGUGAACCGGAGUCUGCAGGUCCACCUGCAUGAGAUCCGCAGCCUGAAAGAGGUCAACCAGAAACUUCAGGACGACAACCAGGAGCUGAGGGAGCUGUGCUGCUUCCUGGACGAUGACCGACAGAAGGACAGAAAGGUGUCCCGGGAGUGGCAGCGCUUCGGCCGCUACACGGCUAGCGUCCUGUGGAAGGAACUGGGACUGUACCAACAGAAGCUGCGGGAGCUGGAGCUCAGUCAGGAGGCGCUGAGGGCGGAGAACGUGGAGCUGAAGGACAUCGUCCUCAUGCUGGAUGAGGAGAGGAGCGGAGCCGGAUCCCGGAACUCAAUCGACAGCCAGUCCAGCCUGCAGGGCCGGCUGAGCGGCUCGGUGUCAGUUCGGGACGUCGGGGAUGGAAGUAGCACGUCCAGUACCGGGAGCGCUGGUAGUCCAGACCAUCAACCCCCCAACCAGUCACAGAAAACAGCAUCUCUGAGAAGAUCAAUGGAAGAUCUGUCUGCGGCGUACCUGCAAAUAGAUGCAUCAUCUGGCUACAUCACACAGCUGGAGAACAAGGUGAGGAUACUGGAGGGUGAAAAUCAAUGGCUGCUGUCACAGCCUCACAGCAACAAUGGACCUCAGUAGUUCUCGAUGUAGCUGUACUUUUUCUUCUCUUUCACCUCUGUGACAAUAACCAUCAGAUCUCUCGUGUAAGUAACUUUGGUACAUUGAAUAGAAAUAUGUAAUUUUUACUAUUACUGGCAUUUGAACAACGUUUUAGUGAAGAAAAUGCAGUACUUGUUUUGUGCAGUCAAUACUAUUAUAACCUACUGUACUAAAUGUUUAUCUGAUGAUGAUAACGUUAGUAGAGAAAUUAAUAAUAAAAACAACAAACUGAAUAACCAAACCAAACUCAAGUGAGUAACAAGCUGGUGUUAUAUAAGUAAAUGUGACCAUCAGAAUAUCCCACCACCUUAACCUAAAGUCUGUCAUUCUUUACCAAAAGCAGUGACGGCAAGAUUAUAUUUUACGGUACUCACAAGACAAAAAAUAAAAAUAAUAUACUGUGAGCUGUGAAUAUCACUGAAUAUCACCGGAAACAGCCACUCUUCUCUGCCAGUGUUUACCAAGUUACAUUUUCUUACCUAAACCAAAACAAACACACUAUCAACCAGGUGGAAUUUGGAUGGUCAGCUCUGAUACAACACCAGCUAGUAAAGUUUGCAUGUACUCGGCGACCAUCUUCAGUUUCAUCAACUGAAAACCUUCACAAAGUUAAUUCUUGUUUUGUCUCUUGUUUGAAUAGACUCUCUUUUUCCUUCCUUGGCUUCUUCUGAAAGUAUCCACUUUGGUUUUGUUGGCUCUGCCAUGGCGUUCUCCUUCUUUACAUACUGUGUACUGUAAAGUGGAAUGCACGCGCAUGCACACUGGGACCCGUGACGCAUCCUGGAUGAGAGGCUGAAGAAACAGCCAAAGUAGGAAAAGUACCAACGCUGUUUAAACGAUCAUCUCCAGUCCAUAAAACAGUCAAAUUAUUAUCAACAGCUUAUAAUGGAAACUUAUGAAGAGAUGAAGCACUUCAUACAUAAAAAUAUGAUACAGGCGAUUUUAAUAAGAUGAGAGAAAAGGUCUGGCUGAACUGGGGACUGACUGAAUGCAUGAGUAGCACACUUAUUUAAGCAAAGUAACCGUGGCCACGAAAUAAGUAUAAUGUGCGCACAAAAUACUAAUUAAUAAUAUCAUCAUUCCUGGACAGUUGGGUAAGCAAAUCGAGGGCACCCUCUCUAAGGUCAAAGCUAGAGGCAGUAGAGUGGCUAAAGCUACAUGGUGGACAGAGACAGCGUGAUAGAGUUUUAUUUUAGGCUGGGAAUGAGCUACAAAGACAUUCUGAAAAAUCCUGUCAUUGCAAGGAACCAUUAUUACCGAGAGGCAUUUAAACAGAAUAUUGAGAGGCAGGUUUCUUUACCGGUGCAGGUACGACUUGGACUAGAUUUCAUUGUUGACCAACUUCAAGGCCCUGGAAAGGAGCACGGUUACCAGUGGACGUAUACAAAGUGUAAACAACACAGUAUCAGAAAAGAAGACGUAAGAAACCUCCUGUCUCUACUGGACCCCAUUGGUUCCCAAGUUCGCCAGACCAGACGUUUUUAAAAAAAAUUUUAUUAUCUUUCUGUAAUUAUUUUUUGUAAGGUGACCUUGAGAGUCCUGAAAGGCGCCUAUGAAUAAAAUGCAUUAUUAUUAUGUAAUCUUAGAGAUUUAAGUCACUGUGCGUUUUUUAUUUAAUAGAAUAGAAUAGAAUAGCCUUUAUUGUCAUUGUAUAACAUACCACAAAAUUAGAGUGCAACUCCUUUGGGGCAAAGAACAUUAACAAUUUAACAAUAAUAAUAAAAAAAUAAAAAAUAUUUAAGACACUUAGAACACUGAAAAAUGUGUGCGAUGUAUUGAUUCUUUAGACUGUUGUGAAAAUUAGACACAUCACAAUGCAAUUUGAGCUACUUUUAUUUGCUUAACACAAACUUUUGUAUUUCUCACCCACUGCAAAGGCAGAGAAUAAAGAGUACUGCAUUUCACUUAUUAUAGACCCUAAUCACUGUUUGCCAGCUGUGAUUUAAUCGUUCUUGUUUGUUCAACAGGAGGUAAUAAAUGACAUCCAGGGGGUUUGGAAUGCUCACCGUAUAAGACCCUCCAUAAACACCAACGUGCCCAGUGGGAUACCUAAUGUCAUGUACAUCAUGUACCUCAUCUUUGGGGUGCAGAAGACUGUCUUGUUCCGCUGACUGAAGAUGUGACCUCAUGUAAAGACAGCUGCACAUUUGUCAGUUCAGUCCCAUGUGAUGUGGACAUGUUUGAUUUGUGCAUAAUAGUAAUGGAGGAAUCGAGCUCGGAGUUCCUAUCUACCAUGUUCCAGGCACUUGAUUUAUAUUCAUCUGAGGGACACGGUUCGUCCAGUAAUUUGAGGAAAUUUAAAUGGACCAAACAUACAAAUCAUGUAGUACAUUGGGUACUUUAGUGCAUGUUUGCUUAAUGUACAUAUUACUUUUCAUGUCUGUGUGAUUAUCUUGUAUUCUUGUUUAAACCAAAAUAAUGAGAAAAGACUGUAUAACUUAUCGUUUUCAUAAAUAUAAUGUUAUAAUCAAUUAGACAAGAAGACCAAGUAAGCUACUAUAUAGUGUUUAUGUGUGCAUCAUUAUGAUGGUUGUAUCAUCAAUGCUCCGUAUGUUUCCUGAGCCUCUGUUUUAAAUGGUGAAAGAGAUUAAAACAAUCUAAUAUUUCAUAAAGAAUUGUGUCUUCCAAAUCACAGCACAUUUAUAUCACUUGAAAGUGAGGUGUAAAUUAACUGGGUGGUGUCAUUAAAAAUGGUCAAGUGUUCAGAUGUAUUGAAUGUAACAGAGAGGACAUCACCAUUUUGUACAAACUUGAAUGGUUUAUUCAAGUCAGUCUUUUUCAAAAUACACCAUAGUAAAAAACAGAACAGGUUGUAUUUUGUACAUAACAGGAUAAGAAUAGUUUUCAAACCUCCUGUAGCCAGCAUCAUACUGAUAGUGUUACAGUGAUUUAAACUUCUUUAAAGUGUAAACAACUCCUGUAAACAACUCACUGAAAAUAUCAGCUCACAUUCUUGUUUCUACUGGGGUUGCUACAAACAACUGUAAUAUUAAAGGCGACAUAGACCGAAAGCUCCAAUUAACGCUGCUUUUGUGUGUGUAUCUGUGUCUUUACCUCGUUUAUGAAACCCUAAAGUUUCAGAACAAACAGUUCAGCCACUGCUGAGAAAAUAGGGUUUUAUUGUUUUCCUGUUCUCUGCAAAGCGGAAAGGCACUUCCGUUUGCUGAUGAUGUCUAAUCAAUUGGAUUUUGGUAUUUGAAGUGGAGUGGUGUACUUAUUCCUAGUCAGUGUACCUGCUGUAGACAGCGCUCAGCACUCUCCAAGUUUGUAGAACUGUAACUGUACGCUAUAUUUGGAAUAAUUUCAGCUUAUCACUUGCUCAUAAAGUAGUAAUUUCUCUUGGCACUAACCGGAGCAAUACAGUGUGCAGCAGGCACAGUUGCACUUUAGGUGUAGGAAUACUGGAGUUCUAUGGUGUCAAAAGAAACGGCUGUUUUCCCACCAGGUGAAGCACUGAAAAUAUUCCAGAUAUAGUGUACAGGUAACCUUGUCAUGCACCGUCAGUUAUGUUAGUUAGUUUUAGUUCAGAGUCACUUCCUGUUUUAUUUUGUGUUAGUUACUUUCAGUUCAGGGUCACUUCCUGUUUUAUUUUGUGUUAGUUAGUUUUAGUUCAGUGUCACUUCCUGUUUUGUUUUGGUAAGGGGUUUAUCUACUUCCUGUGAGCACCUUGUCUGUCUUGUUCUGUGUCUUGCCUGAUUCCCUGAUUGUUUUCACCUGGUGCUUAUUACCUUCACUCCCUACAUAUACUCCCCUCUCCCACUUUCAGUUGCCAGUGCGUCUUAUGUAUGUUGUCAGCGGCCGUGCCAUGCCACGUUUCGAACCAAGGAAGAGAUCUUUUGAAGUCAUAGUCAAGCUACGGUUUUGUUGUUUUCUCAAGUUUGAGAUCUAGUUUAGCUUAGCGAUUAGCCUUUGUCAGAGCUGUCUAGCUCACCUUUUGUUUGUUGAUUUAAAGAGUCAAUAAAGCUCUUUUAAACCUU